AUGGUGAAGGUCUCGUCCUUCCGCAUAGUGGAGAUUCCUUGCGAGUUUUGGAUGUCAAAGGCCGAGAAUCGAACGCGAAAGAGGAAGUCGGCCAAAACAUACGAAAUUGUCCUCGAUCUGGACAAUGGUGACACUGCCAGGGAUUACAUGUCAUGGAUCGGGGCUGGCGCUGGGCGAGAUUGCUUCAAGUUGAAAGAUCACGACUUGUGCGUGAAAUGGUUUUUCGAAGUUGACAAAGAGGAUUGGAAGGGUCUUCAUCCAAACGAGAAGGACGGGUAUGAAAGGUACAGCGACACACCGGUCGGCGCCCAUUUGCCUGUUGUGCAUGCAAUCUGCAUGCAAGAAGUACAAGACAAUUGGCAUCAGAGUAUGCAGGUGGACUGCAUUUUGGUGGACUUUGUUGGCGACAGCUUGCAACACAUUUUGCAAGCUUACAAUGUGGCCUGGAACAAAGAUUCAUCUGCACCUCACGUGCUUCGGAAAUUGUUUUUGGCAAUGAUGGUCAUGUGCAAAAACGCAUGUUCGAGCGACUUGGAGUGGCAUGACGAUUUGCACAGUGGAAAUCUGUGUUUUCACAAAGCAACGAAGCGAUGGUAUUUCAUUGAUCUCGAAGCUUACAAGGAGAGAAAGACUGAUUUCGAAGUCGCAAUACACAAAGUAGCGAAGAGGCAGAUAAGCGAGAUAACAAGUCUCAGCAAAGGUUCAGAUGAACAGUGGCCUGCCUAUAUGCAAUGGAAGUCGAUGCUGACAGAGCACAUGAUGCAUAAGCAUAACCAAGGAUUUGAACUGAAAGACGUGGCAUCGAAGCUGCAGGUUGAGCUUGGACCCAUUGAGGAUGUCGCCGCAACGACUGCGAGGUCCAGCAUCACACACCAUGCUGACGCACAGGUACCUGCUCCGAACGUGCCUGCCCUGGCAGCUGCGGCAGUGGCGCCUGCUCAGGCAGAGUGGCCAACUCUAAAGGAAAGUGACCAACUGCAGAAGCGAGCCCGAAGACAACUUGAGGCUGGCACCGCCCAUGGCUCUCCAGAAGAUUCUUGCGUAUCACUGCCACAGGCGCCAAAGAAGCGCCAAAGUUUACCGCAGGAACACCUGGAGGCGGUAGAGCCGCUGCCAAAGCCGCCGGCCGUUGAGCAGGCUAUUGUCGACGAAGAAGUUCGAGAGCGAACAGAAUUUCUGCAAUGGAACUUGCAGGACUGCCGCCAGAAGCCAGAAGUACUUUGCAAGUCAUGGGCAAUUCGGUACUCGGACUGCAAACGACUGGAUGUCUCUUUGCCGGACAUAACCGGAAUAGAAAACGUUACCAUGAUCAUCGAGCUGCAUGCCCACGACGAUGGAGCAAGGAAAUGCGUCCAUGGCUGUUGCUGCGUGCAGGGAAAGGUCGUGACUUGGAAUGUCCCAACCACCACAGACAUUACCCCUGAAGAUUAUCAAGCAGUGCAGCGAUGGAUCGAUACCAGAGGACAAAGGAUCGACUUCUUGCUUUGCGAUCAGGAAGGCUGCGAUGGCUUUGUAUUUCCCGGGCAGCCACUGCACACGGGUGCGGUCCAUGUUUUCAAAUCAACGCAAGAAUAUCUCCGAGUUUGGUCCUUAUUGUCUCUGACUUUCACAGCCGUGCGUUUUCCGCAUGAACCCACGACGUCUUUGGACUAUUGCACACGGUAUCACAACCGAGAUGGCAGCCAGGCGUUUCGGCCGCACCCGCGAAAAACAAGAGAUGACUGGGCAGCAGAAGGGAAAGGACGGCAUCAGAAGAAGUCGCGACGUAAUUUUGUGUCGCCUGUGCAGUACCAGGCGUGUUGGUGGAUUGUAUCCUGGCUCUGGGAAGUCAUCGAUGCUUUCUAUGGCGAUGACGCCAAGGUGCCGCCACUGGCUCACAAGGCGAAGAAUCCACUGACAAGAGAUCGAUUUUGCAAAAAAAUUGCUGUCAGAUUCGGUGACCCAGCCGCAAAUCGCUUGCGAUCGCUGACAGCAAGUUGCACCAGAGUUCUCGAUCCAGUGCAGUUGACGCGUGAUCUGGCAGACUUUUCGCGACAGCUCAUGGUAAGUGACAAGAAUGACGAUGUCAUGGGGUAUUAUGGUUUGUAUUAUCGCUCAUUUGGCAAUUUAGAAGAUUUUUGCGCGCCUGUUGCACAGAAAGUUGCUGCAUUCUUGCCGCAUACUCGUUUGUUAGGCUCCCCCACGGAGCCACCUGUUGCUCCGGUCGCUGGAGUGUGA